AUGGCUCCUACACCGGUGUCAAUCCCUGCCUUCGCCCAAGCCCAACUGGACCUUCUUCUCAAGGAACACGAAGCCGAAAAGCUUUCGUCGGCGCUCGCGACCACUUCCACAAACACCGUCUCCCCAGCUACACGGCGCACAUUACAAGCAACAGGAUACGCGCUCACCGGAAUUGCCCUUGUACAAUGCCGAACCGGUAUGGGUGGUAGGGUUGUAGGCGAGUUUGGUGCCGAUGCGGCAGUUUCGUCAGACACAGAUGCUGAGAGGGAUGGGAAACCGCGACUGGGAACGCAUGGGAUCCGCGUCGGUGAUGUUGUUCGGGUACUUGAAACUGCGUCGUCGGGGAAGAAGGUUAUUGGUAAUAAAGAUUCGUCAAAGGCUGGGUCUUCUUCCAAUAAUGGAGCUGAAGGGGUUGUCACGAAAGUCUCAGAAAAGAGUCUCUCGGUUGCCUUUGGUCAAAGUGGUGGUGGUGGGGGUGCAAAGGCAGAGGAAGAAGCAGUGGAUGAUCUUUGGGGUAAAAAGCUUUGGCUUGUAAAGCUGGCCAAUGAUGUGACACACCGACGUCUUAAGCAAACCAUGGAGAAGAUGGAGAAGAUCCCAGAAUCAGACCAUACGUAUUUUAUGCGUGUUCUGUUCGGUCACACAACGCCAUCCUCUCCGGAUUACGAUUCUAUAGGCCAACUCGACUUUGUUGAUCCUACUCUAAAUGAUUCACAAAAGGAAGCAAUAAGAUUCGCACUGGCAUCAAAAGAGAUUGCCUUGAUCCAUGGACCACCUGGAACUGGAAAGACGCAUACCUUGAUUGAGCUUAUUUUACAGAUGAUCAGGAGGAAUAUGCGAAUAUUAGUCUGCGGGCCGUCUAAUAUAUCGGUUGAUAAUAUUGUCGAGCGGCUCGUCCCACACAAAGUUCCCAUUGUGAGAGUAGGGCAUCCAGCUCGACUCCUCCCAUCGGUCCUGAAUCAUUCCCUCGAAGUUCUUACUCAGACAUCGGAGGCAGCGGAGAUUGUUCGGGACGUGAGGAAAGAAAUCGAUGACAAGGUAUCGAGCAUUCGCAAAACCAGGAAUGGUCGAGAAAGACGUGAAAUAUAUGGUGAUCUUAAAGAGCUACGAAAGGAGUUUCGAGAACGAGAAUCGAAGUGUGUUGGAAACUUGGUUACUGGAAGCAAAGUCGUUCUUGCUACAUUACACGGUGCUGGUGGUCAUCAACUUAAGAAUCAGAAAUUCGAUGUUGUGAUCAUUGACGAGGCGAGUCAAGCUCUGGAAGCUCAAUGCUGGAUUCCUCUACUAUCCGCCUCGAGAGCAGUACUAGCGGGUGACCAUCUGCAGCUGCCGCCGACAAUCAAGUCAUCCAACCUAUCAACCAAGGAUAAAAUAGGAAAGUCUAAAUCUAAAAAAGCGGAAGAUGAAAAAUUGCCGGUUCUGAAAGGGGUCUCACUCGAAACGACGAUGUUCGAUCGGCUUCUCAAUAUUCACGGGCCAUCGAUCAAGCGGAUGCUCACGACACAAUACCGUAUGCAUGAAAAGAUUAUGAGAUUUCCAUCUGAUGAACUCUAUGAGGGCAAGCUCAUGGCAGCGGAUGCAGUCAAAGAACGUCUACUAAAAGAUCUACCAUACGAAGUCGAAGAUAACGAUGAUACAAAAGAGCCUCUCGUUUUCAUCGAUACCCAAGGAGGCGACUUUCCUGAAAAACCUGAAGAUGAAGACUUCGCCAAGAAAGAGAGCCUAUUAGGGGAAAGUAAAAGCAACGAAAUGGAGGCUGCAUUGGCCGUGAGACAUGUGGAGUGUCUGAUUGAUGCUGGAGUUAAACCGGAAGAUAUUGCCGUCGUGACCCCGUACAACGCUCAGGUAGCCCUGAUUGCACAAUCCUUGAAGGAAAAGUAUCCGAGGAUAGAAAUUGGAAGUGUGGAUGGCUUUCAAGGACGAGAGAAGGAGGCGAUUGUCGUCAGUUUAGUACGAAGUAAUGACAAACGUGAGGUUGGGUUUUUAGGAGAGAAGCGGAGAUUAAACGUGGCUAUGACUCGCCCCAAGAGACAUCUCUGUGUUUGCGGUGACUCGGAAACCAUCAGCAAAGGUAGCAAAUUUCUCAAGGACUGGAUGGACUUUCUGGAAGAACAUGCUGAUCUGCGAUAUCCUGAUGCAAGCGAACUGCUUUGA